GGUUUGGUCGUGACAAAGGGAAACUGACCCGGAGGAUCUCAAAGACUUUCAGAAAAAAGUUUGAUGCUGCUUAUUACAGUUGGACUGUUGUGCCUCAGGACAAACAAGAGACAAUAUUUAUAGAAUUUGCAAAAAUUCACACUUGGAGUCAAAUACACACUGGUCUUGUCCAGGAAAAAUUUGAGAGCAUAUGUCAGCUACGUAUAAAAGACAUGGUUAGCAUUUGUAGGAGGAAACGAAAGCAACCAAGCUGGAUCCAUGAUACUCUGUGGGAAGAAAUGACAGCGUAUUGGGACACUUCUGUAGCGAAAAAAAAAAGUGAAACUGCAUCAGUGGCUCGUUUGUCUGAACGGAACGGACUUGGUCCACACAAGCACAACACUGGCCAGAAGUCUUUCCAACAAAUCGAAUAUGAAAUGGUUGAGGAAUUGGGCAGACCAGUUUCUCUUGGUGAAGUUUACAUCAAGACACAUACAAAAAAGGAUGGGACCUAUGUUGAUUUGAAAGCUGAGCAGGUUGCAGAGAUAUAUAAGAAGAACAAAGAAGCCAAGUUGACUGCCCUUGAGGCUGAAAACUCACAGAGUUCAGAUGGUGCUUCCAAUGAUCGACAGCUCUCCAUAGAGGAGGAUACCGAGAUAUUCCUUUUGUCUACUUUCACAGAUGAAAGAGGACAUUACUAUGGCAUUGGAAGCCUCCAGCAAACUCUCGUCAAUGGUAAACGGAAGUACAGUGAGGUCUCUUCUUCUGCAUUCCUUGACAUGAAUAAGCAGCUUGAAGAAGCUCACCGCAAAAUAGAAGAGCAGGCUGCUUCUAAUGCAGCACAGGCUACUACUAUUGCUGAGCAGGGCUCUACUAUUGCAGAGCAGGGUGCUACUAUUGCAGAGCAAGCAAAGCAGAUCAAUGAGUUUGCUGUAGUGAAGAAGUUUCUGUCUGCAACUGAUCAUAGAUUUGAUCAGUUCGUAUCUACUAAUUCCACCACCUGAUCAUGCUUUCUUGUUUAUGUCUCUUGGACAUGAAACUUGACUUUU